AUGGUUUCUACUAAUACAACUAUAAGUUUGGGUCUUGUUUUCCUCAUUCAGACUGGGUCUGGGAUCCUUGGAAAUUCUUUACUACUUUGUCUUUUUAUCUUUUCCUUGCUCACUGGGAACACAUUGAGACCCAUAGAUUUGAUUCUCAAUCAGCUGGUCAUAGCCAACAACUUGGUCCUUUUCUCUAAAGGGAUCCCUCAGACAAUGGCAGCUUUUGGAUUGAAAUCUUUCCUGGGUGAUACUGGAUGUAAGUGUGUCUUCUAUUUUCACAGAGUCUCCAGAGGGGUUUCCCUCAGCACUACCUCUCUCCUCAGUGGUUUCCAGGUCAUUAAACUUUGCCCCACUGUCUCUAGGUGGAUGGAGCUCAGAAUGAGAUCUCCAAAGUGCAUUAGUUUCUGUUGUUUCCUCUGCUGGAUCCUGCAUCUUGUGUUAAAUACCUUUAUCAUGAUAAAUAUUACUGGCCCAACAAACAGCAAAAACAUGAGUAUACAGAAAAAUUUUGUAUACUGUGUAUCGUCUCAUCCAGACAGAUUAAUAGUGCCACUACAUGCAGCCAUAUUCUUCUCUAUUGAUGCAAUGUGUUUGGGAUUUGUGAUCUUGGCUAGUGGCUCCAUGGUCCUGUUACUGCAUAGGCACAGGAAGAGAGUUCAAUACAUUCACAGCAGAAGACUUUCCCCAAGAACAUCCCAUGAGGUUAGAGCCACAUGUACCAUCCUGGUCCUGGUGAGUUCCUUUGUCUUAUUUUAUUCUCUCUCUUCCAUUUUGACUCUUUCUUUUUCCCUGACUAUAAAUCCAAGCCAGUGGCUAGUGCACACUGGUGUUCUGGUGGCUUCGUGUUUCCCAACAUUUAGCCCCUUUGUGCUUAUCACCAGUGACACACGUGUCUCUCAGUUGUGCUUUGCUUGUUGGGCAAAGAAAGCCAUGUUUAAUAAUCUAGUUAAAUGUCUACUUGUCUUCUAA